AUGUAUAUAUCGUACUGCUUCUGUGUUUUAUUAGAAUGUGGUAGCUCGAUAUCCAAACAAUGUUCUUAUUGGUUUUGUCUAAAUAAACAAAUGUCUAACAAUUUGGAUUUAGCUGGAAAAUAUCAGAUAUUGGCAAAUGAAUUUGCCAAGGUACGUGGGCAAGUUACUGUGCUGAAAAAAGCAAUUGUUGAUGAACAAAGUAAAAAUCAAGAAUUACAAGAACAUCUGAAUCAAAAAGAUCAAAAUCUUCGACGUAAUACGCAAGAAAUCGAAACAAUAUCGUUUUUGAAUAAUCAAUUGAGAUCAAGAUUAGAAAUAUUACAACAAGAAUUAAACGAUAUUGAAUUACAAUCAAAACUUAAAAAAAACAAACAACAAAAACGAGAUUUAUCCUUCAAUGACAAUAGACAUUCAAAUGAUGAUGUUUUAAUGCAAGAAUUAGAAAAUAAAAUAAAAGAUUAUGAAAUAUUACAUCGAAAAGUAUUUGAUCUGGAUAAACAAAUUCAAGAUGCUGACAAUGAGAAACGAUCCUAUCGUUCAACAGUUGAGCAAUUACAGAGUGAAAUGGAAGAAAUGCAAACUAUACAUCGACGAACAUUAGAUGAAAAUAAUCAAAUAUUAAAGCAGAUCAAACAAGAGAAUGAGACAUUAAAUGAAAAAUUAAAGCAGCAAUUACUAGUAGCAGAAACAUGUAUAACAGUAUCUACACAGCCACACUCAGCUGAACCGAAUGGACUUACGUCUGAUGAUAAAUCGACAAUACGGCUAUCAUCUUUUGAUGUUGGAACAACUGAGCAAUUGCCCGAAAUAUAUCUACAUAAAUAUUUAAAAUCUUGGAUAGAUGCGUUUACGGAGUUUACAAUCUAUAUUGAAGAACGUUUAAAGAACCACAAAAGUUUUAAUUCAUCAAACGAUACUAGUGAAAAACCAUCAACAAAUACUGCUGCUAAUAAUAAUACUGAUUCAAUGAAUUUUGCUGAAUUGUAUAGCAUGUUUCUAUCAUCAUGUGAGAAAAUUCUCACAUUGGCUGUUCGAAGUGUAUGCGAUGAACCGGAUAUGUCUGUAAAAGACAAUAAUGAGUCAGAAAUCGACACUAUUGAUAAACAAAAACAUAUUCAGUUAACAAUUAGUAACCUGAAUAAAACAAUCACUGACCUUCUCCAAAAAUGGUCAAAAAAUCUCUCAAAAAUUCGAGAAAUAUCAGCUCUUAUCAUUCAAUUUGACUCGUCCAAGUCAUCAUUCACUCCGGAAACAUUGAAACAAACAAUCAAUGACUUAUUAUCUUCACUACAAGCUGGAACUAUAAUUCAUUGUGAUCUUGAUAAAUCUUACAAUGAUAAACUUUGUCUUGAAUAUGAAUUGACUGUUUCACCUGUUCAUUUAACAACAACUGAUGAAUGUAUUUUAUCAGCAUUAAGAAAAAUUUCUAAUCUUGAUCAACAAAUUGGACAAUUAAUAAAAACAAAUCAUAAAUAUUUAUUUGAGCAAAAAAAGCAAAAGCGAUUAGAUAAUAAUUCUAACAUAUCAGACGAUAAUCAACAAAAUGCUAUACACAGUAAAACCAUAUUAUAUAAUGCUGAAAUAAUUGGCACGCUUGAGCAAGAAAAAGAACAUUGGCGUUUAGAAUAUCAACUGUUGAAAAUUAAAUAUGAAAAAAUGCGUGAUGAUUACACGAAGCAAAUCGAUGAACUACGUCAGAAAAAUCAUGAGAUGUUGAUAAAUAACAGUGAUGUUAAUGAAAAUGAUGUUGCAUUUCCACAACACAUGCCUUCUAUAGAGCAAUCAACUACUUUAUCAUCCUUGACUGAUCGAGGCCGAACAAGCUCUGAACCACCCAGUGAACGUGAAACAAUGAUUAAAAAUUAUUAUUCCCAAAAAAUUCUUGAUUUAGAAACAAAAUUACAAUUAGUGAAUAGCAAAGCUAUAUCGUUUUAUAAUGAAUUGCAAAAUGCUCAUCAACGUUUGAAACUUUCCAAAGAACAAGAGAAAAAAUUAGAAAAUGAAAUUGAACUAAUAGGUCAAGAUAUGGCAAAAAUGAGGGAUGAAUUAGCUACAACCACAAAAAGUUAUGAAGAACAAAUAGCAACAAUGUCAGAUCAUUUAGCUUCACUGAAUGAACGUUUGACAAUGCAGAAUGACGAAAUAGAUCGAUUACAACAUCGUCCAACUGCAUCCAAGCUCAUUAAACAAAUGUCUCAAAUAACAAAUUGGCGUAGUACAAACAUAGUCUCACAACGACCAUUAUUAGAACGUGUUGAUGAAGUUGACGAUGAUACAUCAUCACGCUAUUCAACAAAUGACACAGGAUGCAUGAAAUAUUUUGGUAUUAAAUCGUAUUUAAACAAUUUUUAUGAUAGAACAGCACAUUCUUCUGAACCGGAUGGUUCGCAAUUUAAAUAUUUGACACGUUCGAGACAAAAAAAAUUCUCCAGUAAUUGGUGGAAAGCGACCUUGUAUUUGGGAACAACUCUCGUCUUUCUUGGUUUCACCAUUUUAUUAGUUGGUUUAUUAUUGCCACGUAAAAAUAUUGAAAUAUCAUCAGAUGCAUCAUCAAUAACCGUUGAUCGAAAUGCAAUGAAUUUUAAUCAAAAUCUUGAGUAUUGUCGACUUUUUGGAAUUUUUAUAUUUGUUGCUGGAGGUUUCCUAUUUACCGUGUCAUUAUUUUUACCAACAUUUUGUAAUACAUAUUGUGCAGCCGAAACAGAUGAAGUAAAUUAUUAUACUGAUCCAUUCAAAGUCUCAUCAUCUCAAAAUCCUGUUGCGAAAAACAUCGUGCCUGUUACAAGUACUUUGAAAUCGAUACAACCCAAUUAUCGAAAAGAUGAAUCACGAUUAACCACUGAGGGAAUUAUGCCUAUUCAAUCAUCAUAG